ACUAUAAACUAUUAGAAAAUCUUUAAUUACUCGUUGUAAUAUCGUAUCCUUAAUACCGAUAUUAAACAUAAUAGUUUCCAAUUGUAAAUGAUAAUAAAAGCAGAGAAACUUUAAACUUCAUAUAUCUAUAUACAAAAUAAAUAAUUAUUUUAGCAUUUCAAAGUGUUUAAAAGUGCCAUCGAUUUAAAAGCACAAAUAUUUAUACGUAACACAAUUUAGAAUAAUCAUUUUAUGUUUAGUGGGUUAUUUGUCAACAUGUUUGAUAACAUCAGCUGAUUUAACCGAGUCCCUUAAAUUCACUUGUCGAUCUCCAAUUUAAUGUAACAGAACUUUUAAACAAUGGCACUCUUUGAGUUGAAAUGGCUGCGACGUUGGGUACGUAGGCAUACAAACCCCAUACCGCAGGACAAUGCACUUCUGUGGAAAAGACGCCUAAGUGUCGCUUAUGCACUACUCGCAUGGAAUGCUUUUGGGUUUGUUUGCUACAUGGUCUAUACCGGUCGAAAUGAUUGGGCGAAGUAUUAUGGUUAUAAGAGUGAAGAGGAAGCUAAAUUAACACCAGCUCAGCAAUAUGCAACACAAUUGAAUGUGAAUAAAGGAAAAAUUAUACGUUUCUCAGGAUUUAAUGUUGUCGGCGAGUCGGAAUUUGAUAAUACAAAAGGAAAAGAUGAAUAGUUAAAUUUUGUAAUGCAAACAUCAAAGUUAUUAUAAAAUAAAAUAGAAGUUAAAAAUCUAUGAAAACCUA